GGCUCGAGUGCCGGAUCAAACCCGGCGGCCAGGGAAAGGCCAAUGGCGCCCAAAAAGAAGGCCGACAAGGCGGAGGAAGAACCUCCGCCAGAGUCCGAGGAAGAGCCAGCGGAGCCGGAGAUCGUCACAAAGUGCCUCCGCUCCCCUGGUCAACUCUACUAUGGCGAAUGCAAAGCUGGCUUCAAGGAGCGCGCCGGCCGGUGGAUCCGCCAUGGCAAGGGACAGCAGGUGGUCUCGGCUUGCACCCCUGCCGGCUCCAACCGCUUCGAAACGCUGAUCCUGUCCAGCUACGAAGGCUCCUGGGAGGAGGAUCAACAAUGCGGCGAGGGCAGCUACAAAUGGAGUGAUGGCAGCUCCUACGAGGGCAACAUGGAGCAGGGCAAGAUGCAUGGCCAGGGUCGCUUUGUCUGGCCGGAUGGCAGCAGCUACGAGGGCAGCUGGUGCUCCGGCGCCCUGCAUGGCCAGGGCCGCUUCGACUCCCGCUUCGACGGGGGGCGCUACAUGCAAGGCCAGUUCCACUUCAACUGCUUCCAGAAGUCGGACGGCCGAUGGGUGGACAUCUUGCAGCACAUGAAGAACCAUGAGCUGCGGGAGAUCCUGGAAGGCAAUCCCCUCCGCUUCGAGGCCGAGGCAGCUGCGGCGCGCCCAAAGACCAAGAACAAAGGCUCCGCCGCUGGAUCUUCGGCCCAGGUGCUGCGCAGCUCGCCCGAGAAGCUGGGUGCUCGCGUGCGCGAGGCGUUGCACAGCAACCUGGUCCCCUUUGUGCUCGCGGAGGAGUCUGCUGCGACUCAUGCGCUUGAAAGCCUUCUAGCAUCAGGCGUCACGGAAGCGGGCCAGUGCAUCUCCUUGCGUCUAGCGGCGCUCGAGCAGCGCCGGCAGCGCGACUUCAAGCGAUUCUUCCGAACCGCGCUGGAGUCGUCCAUCCUGUCGGGGAGCUGUUUCGCGCUGGUCUUCGAGGACGACACGGGCGUGGGAGAGGAGGACUGGCUGCAGCGGAAGCCAGAGAAGGAGCCCAUGGAGGCCAUCCCCGAUGAGUGGGGCCUCCCUUGCUUCUUCAGUAGUUCUGCUCUACCUCCGGAGAUUUUCGCGCCCCUGACCUUCAAUGCCCGGGGCAAGGCUCGAUUACUGCUCCCGGAUGGUUCGGACAACGGUGUGCCGGAGACUGCGCCGGAAGGGGAUGCAGAUGAGUCACACGCGCAGCCAAAGGUGUCACAGGAGCUGCUGGCCCGCGCAGCUGCCUCCGCGGAGAACGGCGUGGGGGCCACGGGCCACGUCUUCGAGGUCUCGGAAGAGGAGCUGAGCCAGCGCGAUCCCGCGGACAGAUCUUUGUUGGGCCUGCCUUUGCACUACCAGGUGCAGCCUGUGGUGCUGGCCACCGCCCGCAUCCCCGAACUCGAGGAUGCCGAGGUGCGGAAAUGGGUGAAGCAGCGCUUUGGCAGAGUGGCUCCUGUCCACCGCAUGGCCAUUGUUUUGCUCAGCCCAGAGGAGCAGGAAGCAGCGUGAGAGCUCGCAGGGUUUCACCAGCCGAGAUCGGGCAAGGUCAGUUCACCCCCUGGCCAGACAGGUGUCUGCCAAAAAUUGGCGUCGACGCCUGGUUGAGACCAAGGGAGUUGAGCAACACGC